CAAGAUUCAGAUAAAAGGAUAAUUUUGUAGACAUGCUGUCCACUAGCCCCAGGUAUCAAAAUGGCACAUGCAGUGCAGACAUUCUGCUUAUUCUCCCUAAUGCUUUUUAUUCACCAAGCAGAGGCAAAAGUCUUCCUGUCUUCUGAAAAUGCAAAUAAAGUCAUUCAGAGGUCCAAGAGAGACAACUUUAUCUUCAUCGAGGAAUUACUGAAGGGAAAUCUAGAAAGGGAAUGCCUUGAAGAAAGGUGCUCAUAUGAGGAGGCGAGAGAGACAUUUGAAAACACAGAAAAAACUAAGCAAUUUUGGAGCCAGUAUCAUGGUGGGAUGAAAUGUUCUUUAAAUCCCUGCAAAAAUCAAGGCAGUUGUAAAGAUACCAUUCGAAGUUACAUCUGCAGUUGCCCUGAAGGAUAUACUGGGAGAGACUGUCAGUUUGCAAAUAAUGAGUGUCAUCCUGAUAUGGAGGAUGGAUGUCAGCACUUUUGUCAUCCUAGUUAUGAGGCAGACUCUUACUCUUGUUCAUGUGCUAAUGGUUACAAACUUGGUGCGGAUGAGAAGUCAUGUCAUCCAGAAGAUCCCUUUGCGUGUGGACAAAUAUUAAAUCUUGAGGUAUCCAUAACAAAAAAUCGGAAUCAUUUGCAGGCUGAUAUUUUCCCUUGGCAGGUACCAGUGCUAAACUCCCAAAAGGUUCAAGUUUGUAGUGGAGUGGUACUGAGCGAGUCUGUAGUACUGACAACCGCCUCGUGUAUAACUAUGUAUGACCCAUACUUCGUUGUUGCAGGGGUGCAGCAGAAGAGUGGACUGGGGCAAAGACAGAUGAUCAGGGUGAAAACCAAACAAGUACAUAUGAGAUACUCUGAAGAGACUGGUGAUAACAACAUUGCAUUACUUAAACUGAAAGAGAAAAUUGUUUUCCACAACAAUAGCCUUCCCAUCUGUAUUCCACAGAAAGACUUUGCAGAAAAUGUGCUGGUACCAUUUAACACAGGUCUAGUCAGUGGCUGGAAAAGCUCCUCAGAAGAGGAGGCUGAUGCAUUGAUUCCCAUUCAGUUCUACACAAAAUACACCAACAGAACUGAAGUUUGUGAACAAUCUCUAAAUGUGACGCAAACAAACAGAAUGUUUUGUGGGGUUUCACAUGAAGCUAUCGACUCUGAGCUGUCAGAGGGAGGACAUUUGGCUGUACAACACAAUGGUGUAUGGUUUCUAGGUGGCAUAAUGGGAUCCUGGCAGCCGACUUUAUUAAACAAGGGUGUGUUUUCAUUUACCAAAUUAUCCAGGUAUAACAUGUGGCUAAAACAAAAUGGCAGUUAAUGUUUAGUAUCAGAAGAAAUUUGUAGUCAAGAUGAAUGUUUUCUUUUGUGUCAUUAAAUUAAGGGUGUUGUUCUGUUUUUGUUAAUAAAUACAGCUACCCCACAUUUAAAUAUA